AUGUCUGCAAAAAUCUCCAACAGCGUGGACAGCGACUGCAGCGGCAGGAGCAACCGUAAUGGCAGGAAGUCCACCCACGCCCGCAACAUGGAGGUAACACGCCUCAAAACGGCGAAGCAUGCUUAUAAUCGUGAGGUUCAAAUGUUCAACCUCGCGCGCAAGGCGCAUCCCGAUUAUAAGUUGCCCGCCGAAUUGAAGUUGCUAGUCAAUCGCGCGCUGCGGGACAAGACCGCCGAUCUUUACUGGUGUGCAUUUAAAGAGCUAAAAGCUCACCGCUUUUCGCUUCCUGAAUUGCCGCAGAAUGGCCGGAACCUCCUCGACGAGCUCGAGGGGGCUGCGGAGAUGCAGACAAAGGGCGCCCCAAGCGGCACGACGGUCCCCAAUCAGGGUAAGAACCGUAAGCGUCCAAGGGACAGCACCAGCAGCGACUCGCCCAAUUUGACGGGCAGUCUGCCCCCACCAUCCCACCCGCGCUCCAAGUCAGCUGCCAGAAAGGCACAACAUGCGAGUCAUGUUGGCGAGGCGCGUCGCUCCAAGCAGCGUCAUGCUGAUGGGUCAAAACAUGUCCAUUUUGCUCCCAUUCCCCAAAUGACAGUGCUGCAGGAGGACACGCCCAACACAGCCUUUAGGAAGGAGGCAACCAUGAAGUUUGCGGAGCUACACGGCUCCCUGCAACAACUGGGCGGCUCUGUAUCGGAGCUAAUGCGAAUGGUUGGGAGCUUACAGCCCUUUGCAAACUUCAUGGUUGCCUCCUUCCUAAAGGCCGUGUUGGGCGUGUCCUCCUGCAGCACUGUCAUUUGGGCUGACUUGGAGCGCGGCGCCCUCGAGCUCGUCGAGGAGGUUCCGGCCAUUCUGCGGCAAUUCAGGAAGCGAAAAGCGGCGCGGCGGCAGGGCCGGGCCCCGGGAGCACGGCAGCUGACGGCCUGGCGCUCGUGGGAAGGGAACCGAUCCUCAGGGGGAGUGAUUGGGGUUUGGCUGAACGCUUAUGGCAUUAAGACGGGUGAGGCCAAUUCGAGGCUCGUCUGCCCCUCGCUAUGGAAGCAAGAAAAGAAGGCCUUUAUCGGGGGUGUGGAGGCAGUUGCCCGGGGUGCUGGCCUCUAUAUCGGAAGGGCAGCAGCGAGGCCGUCGCACGGUAGGGCGGUGGCUUUGGCGGACCUUCAGAGGAAGUUCAAGAUGGCUGGGAGCUGGACCUUCCAGGACUAUCGCUCCAUAGAUAACGUCCUCACCUGGCUUCAAACUGCAGAGCUGCAGGAGCCGCCCAUCACAGGCAGCGUGUCGGAGUUGUCGGAGGUCAUGAGCAUGAGCAGUGCUCCCGCUGCACUGUAG